UGCGCGUGGCCAUGCGUACUGAAACCCGCCCCUUUACAACAACCCCCCAACCUACAAAAUGAAUACUGCUGUGGCUAUUUCACCAGCGCCUUAACGCCACAACCUGAGUUGACAAGGGAGGUUAAAUCACAUUAAUUCGACGCACAAGGCUUCUUUUCCCUGCUGCUGCUGUUCCUCCUUGUUAAGUUGUUACGAGGAGACGGAGACUGAAGUUACAUUUACCGUUAAGUUACGUUAAUUCAUUCAUCACAACAAUGGCAGCACAGGAUUUUAAUUUCUUGCUUGCGACGGAUUCGUAUAAGAUCACACACUACAAACAGUAUCCUCCCAACAUCAGUAAAAUCUACUCCUACUUUGAAUGCAGACGCAAGAAAGGCUCUCAGUUCAGUGAAGUGGUGUUCUUCGGUCUCCAAUAUCUGCUAAAGAAGUACCUCACAGGCCCAGUGAUCACAGAGGAGAAGAUUCAGGAAGCUAAGCUCUUCUACCAGAUGCACUUCAAACAGGCUGUAUUUGAUGAAGAAGGCUGGAGGAAAGUCCUUGAGAAACAUGAUGGCCGUCUUCCUAUUCGGAUCAAAGCUGUCCCCGAGGGCAGGAUCAUACCAAGAGGCAACGUGCUCUUCACUGUGGAAAACACUGAUCCCAACUUCUACUGGCUCACCAACUACAUUGAGACUAUGCUGGUUCAGAUGUGGUAUCCCAUCACAGUAGCAACCAUAUCCCGGGAGUUUAAGAAGAUCCUGGCCAAACACCUGAAAGCCACUUCAGGGAGCCUGGAAGGCCUGGACCUGAAACUGCAUGACUUCGGCUACAGAGGAGUGUCCUCACAAGAGUCUGCAGCUCUAGGUGGAGCCGCUCAUCUGGUUAACUUCUGCAGUACAGACACAGUAGCUGGGUUGUUAAUGGCUCAGAGAUACUAUGGCUGCCCGAUGGCUGGUUUCUCAAUCCCAGCAGCAGAGCAUAGCACCAUCAUAUCCUGGGGGAAGAGCAGAGAGAAGGAUGCAUUUGAGCGAGUCCUUGACCAGUUCUCCUCUGGACCAGUCUCAGUGGUCAGUGACAGCUAUGAUAUCUUCAAUGCCUGCAAACACAUCUGGGGAGACAAGCUGAAGGAGCGAGUCAUGGAGCGCAGCCAGGACUCCUGUCUGGUUAUCCGGCCGGACUCUGGAGACCCCGCAGAGACGCUUAUUGAGGUCAUCAAGAUUUUGGAGGAGUGUUUUGGCUGUUCUCUGAACUCUAUGGGAUACAAGGUGCUGCCUUCUUACCUGCGAAUUAUUCAAGGAGACGGCAUUGACAUCAGCUCAGUGGAUGAGAUUCUGCAGAAGCUGAGUGAUGAAGGCUGGAGUGCUGAGAAUGUUUUCUUUGGUUGUGGCAGUGCUUUGCUUCAGAAACUCAACAGAGAUACACUAAGCUGUGCCUUCAAGUGCAGCUAUGUGGAGACUAACGGCAAGGGGAUGGAUGUCUACAAGCAACCAGUGACCGACCCAUCUAAGAGGUCAAAGAAGGGUCGAUUAUCACUGAGGAGAAACUCUGAUGGUUUCAUAGAGACAGUAGAGAAAGGGGCAGGCAAGCCUGAGGAGGAUCUGCUGGUGACGGUGUUUGAGAAUGGCAGCUUGCUGCAGGAGUACUCCCUGGAGGAGAUCAGGAAGAACGCUCGGCUGCGGGACAAGGAGAUGAACCCCACCCUGCACAACCACAAAGAGGAGCUGCUGCACAAUCACAUCAUCAACGGGAUUCAUUAGAUCAGACACAAAGCCUCUCGCUGUGCACGUGAUACUUCAGUGUUUAACAGGGUGCAUUGGUUUCCUCUGUAGAGGGAAUGAAGACUGCAGUGUUUUAGAGAGUCACUCAUCACAGUAACAACUUGACAUGUUGAAGGGCCCCCACACCCCCCACUUUAUCCUGAGGAGGCCAAUGAUGAAAUUGUUUUCAGGUAGAUCAGCUUCUUUCACUUUCUGUUGUGGCCAGCACACAGUGCUCCUCUCUAUAUAUCUAUAUCUGAGGCUGUGUGAGCACACAGUUACACUGCCCUCCAAUGGCCACGACCACCACAACUGAAGCUCAGGGUCAAAUAUCAUAAGCUAUGGUAGUUUUUUCUUCUUUCAUUUAUGGAUUUAAAGAUACGUCCCUGAGUAUAGGGUUGCUACAGAACACUAAAAUAGACAUGGGGUGUGUAUCUUUAAAGAAGGCAGAUAUUUUCAUAACAUAUGCAGUAUCUUUACAUCUGAGCGUUUUCAGGCCAAACAUGACCGAUGCUUCCAUUUGUUUUAGCUUUUUGUUUUACUGGUAGAGUAGAAAAGUGUUUGAAGCAGCAUUUUAGACCACAAGGCUCUAAAAUCUACUAUAACUCAAUAUGAAUAGUAAUAGUUUUGAUUAUAGUGCCACAUCAACAGGUGUGGGCAACACUGUGUGUUUGAUAUACAAUAUUUAAUUUAAGGUCAGUGUCAGCUCCACAUAUCAGCAGAGCUCCAGCCAUACUUUCUGCUUGGUUUUUUAACAGGUUACCAGUCACAUAGAAUCCACAACAGCUUACUUUUAAGAUCCAGCCUCAAACAAACACAGUAGACUGUAGAUCACAUCAGAUUGUAGACAUGAAAGAGGAGCACAAACCCUGUAUAGUAUAUAAAUGAGGAUAUCACAACACUGUGCAGAUUAUGCUGCACUGCCACAGUUUGAUGACUUCUGAUGCCAGCGGCCCACAAAGCACACUCCAUUUCAUCAUCAGGUCUUCUGAAAAAUUCUGCCGGUGUCUAAAUUGUUAGUCUAAUUCACUGGUUCCCAUCUUUUUUGGCUUGUGACCAUUUAAAGUGAAGCAGUCUGUACUUGUGACCCAUCACCACAUGUUCUAUGUGUUUAUGAGCUGUGAGCAGUUCAACCAAAGAGUCAUUUUAAAUUUUGGAUUAAGUUUUGUGACAGUUUUAGAGGUCUGAGUGGGUAUUUGGCCUAAUUCAGUUUCCAUAAAUAUGAGCAAAAGGUGACUUUACAGUGUUCUCAACAGAGACGUAUGGUGCUAAAUACACACUUUCAUUUUCUAUCAUUUAAACAAUUGCCAAUUUUGCCAAAGGCAUAAGUAUUUGUUCCUCCUCAAGAAUAACAUUAUUAAGGAUGAUUAUUAUAACUGUUAUUCUAAUUUGACAAAUCCGGUAUCCUGAAAUGCUGAAAGCUGCAGUGAAAACAAAGGUAUCUGUAGUAAAUAGCAGACUCCACACUAUGUGUUGUAGGUGCUAGUUAGCUUUUAUGAGCUUUGAAUUGUUUCCAUUUAAACAGUGGCGCUACUGUAAAGAUGUACAUUAGAGGCACAUUGCACUACUCUCCCAUCUGCCUGCACAGACUGUAUGCGGCCUCUGUUAGUAAAGGCAAAAUGUAACCAUAAUCUGCCAUGGAUUGCGAUGAAGUUCAGAUUUUGUCAAAAUGUAAGAUUUUAAUCCCCUGAAACAAAUUAAUUUGAUUAUUGAGAAUUAGAUUUUCAUAAUCGGAUUUUGAAUAUUUUAGUAAAUAAUAUAACAAUAUUGAUAUUUAGACUGCAUUGAUAUUCAUUUCAAUUACAAAAAUUCAGUGUGAGAAAUAAUGUCAGUGAUUUCAACAGCAAGAAUGGAGCUGUUGUUUUAAACCAAAAGAAAACAAUCACUCAAACUGAAGAAUAUUAAGAUCAUUUAUUUGAAAAGUAAAAGUAGAUUUUUUUUUCAUUGUCUUUAAAAUUUUAUAUUUACAGUUUGAAACAAUAUAGAUUAUAGAUGCACCAGCUACUGAAGCAGAUGAAUGCAAACCAGAAAACAGCAUUGGCAGUAAUAAACAGCCAACUUCAACAAUUGAAGAGAAAUUGGCAGUCAUUUCGGAACGUCUGGACAGCCAACCAGCAAGGUCUAUCAUUGCAUAGUUCCUGUGUUUUCAAGACAUGUCUCUGAUCUAACACUCAGCAAGAGAGAAGCAGGAUAUCAGCUGAAAGGGCCACAAAAUUUGGAUUUUACCUAACUUUACUAGAGGGGUGGAGAUGCAGCGCCAAAAAUUUAGGGAGUGCAAGAGAAGGCUCAAUGAGUGAGGCGUGAAAUUUGCUCUUGUGUACUCGGCCACUCUCAAGUCUUCCCAGAUAAGGAAUGGAUCAGAGCAGUUGUUCAAUGACCCGAAAAAGGCCCUGGACUUUAUCAAUAAGCUGUGACUACCGGCUGGUAACUGGUAACUAGCAUGCCGGGGCUAGCAACCCGCUGGAUCAGCUACGGGCUUGGCUGGUCAUUAGCUUCAGAGUCUAGCAGUGUGUUGCUGCUAUCCAGAGACUUCCAUCCCUGCAUUGUUAUCCACUAUCAACUCUUCUUUGAUUCUCAAAAUAAAUUGGUCUAAAUGUGAAGCUUUUGCCCUAACAGCAUACUGUCCCAAAACCUUAUUCCAACCAGGGAACUUUAGAUGGUCGGAUCAGGGUAUUGGGUACCUUGGGGUCCUAUUCCCACCCAACCUGUCAGACAAGUAUAGAACCCUUACUUGAGAAAUUUAAACUAGACACAGAAAGAUGGGAACCUCUUCAUCUCUCUCUGUGGGUAAAGGUUAAUGUAUUAAAGAUGAAUGUAGUCCCCAACUUCAUCUACAUUUUACAAUCACUGUCAGUGACAGUCCCAGUGAAGUAUUUCCACAUGUUUAAUCAGCUGUGUGGCCUUUU